AUGAACGCUGACAUCUGCCAGACAAUUGCAGAAGAUUUCAGCGCGACGAGUGUUUCGACUUAUUGGGCUGGAGCGGCGUUUGUUCUUUGCUCCGCUGUGGUCCAGCCGAUUUUCGCAUCUCUAUCAUUGGUCCACGAGCAGUACACGGUUUUGACGGCGCUGACCUCGUUCACUGUCGGAUCGCUUGUUGCUGCGCUCGCAAAGGACAUCGCUGUGCUAAUUGCAGGGCGCUGCAUUCAAGGGAUCGGAGGAGGGGGUCUAAUGGUUACGACCUGGGUAGUUCUUGCACGUCUGUUCAACCUUGAGCAACGUAGCCGAUACUACAGCCUCGUCGGCUUGGUCUGGACCGUCUGCACCAUCCUUGGGCCAUUGAUUGGAGGCGGCUUCGCGCUGGUUUCCUGGCGAUGGAUCUUUUGGAUCAACCUUCCACUCGCCGCCAUCUGCUACGUUUUGAUCAUCCUCUUUCUAAAAUUUGACAACAAGAGUGAAAAAUCGCUGAUGGCUCGGUUGGGUGCGGUUGAUUGGACUGGAAAUAUUGUCUUCGCUGUUUCCAUCGCUUUGAUAUUGUUAGCGAUCUCUUGGGGCGGCGUUCUCCAUCCAUGGCGCAGUGCUGGAACACUGCUCCCAUUACUGCUUGGCAUUCUUUGUCUAUCUGCCUGGUUCAUUUAUUCAUACAAGUAUUGUAAAAGCCCAAUGAUUCCAGCCGUUGUGCUCAGCGACCGUACUGCAGCUGUCAGCUUUGGCGGAACUUUCAUCUUAGGCCUCUGCCAAUUCUGUCUUAUCUACUACCUACCGCUCUAUUAUGAAGGUGUCAAAGGCUAUUCCACCUUUAUUGUCGGCGUCGCGCUCUUGCCACAGCUUGUCGGCGCCGGUCCUUCGACCAUUAUAACUAGCUUGCUUAUCGCAAAAACUCACUUGACGCGACCAUUCAGUAUACUCGGCUGGCUCUUGUUUGUUUACGGUGCCCUUGAGCUGACUUUGUUGGAGCAAAGCACUUCUGUCUACCACUGGAUAGUCCUCAACAUACCAUCCGGACUGGGGAUAGGCAUUUUAUUUUCAUCCUUGUCCAUGUCUACGCAGGCGUCUGCAGAAAAUCGCGCCAAUUGUACAGCUGAAGAGCGACAACGUGUCAAAUCCAUGGCGGCAAGCCUUAAUCCAUUUUUUCGUGUCUUAGGUCAGGCAUGUGGAAUCGUCGUUGCGCAAGCAGCAUUUACCAACCAGGUUGCAAAAGAGCUUGGUGCUGAGGCUGCGAAAGAUGCGGUGUUGCUGGUGAAGCGUUUGCGUGGAAUGCCGGCGAACACGCAAGAAACAACAAGAAUUCUUCAGUCAUUUGUUUCCGGCCUCCGAACCAUCUGGUGGGUUGUGGUGGCUUUGACAGGGGUAAUGUUUGUUCUGACGCUGUUCUCCCGUGACUAUUCCUUGACUGUCGAGGAACGACCGAGGCAGGAAAUUGUUGAGGACGAGAAGAAGAGAAUGACCAGUGACGUCGAGCAUGCAUCCACUGCGUCACUGUAA